AAAGGAUAUUAUGCUUAAUGAGAGAAAACCAGGAUGUCAUCAUAUAACAAUUUAACGUUUUUAUUUUUUGUGAUCACAGCAUUCGUCACAAUUACUUUAGAUGAAUGUGAUGGUUUAUCGAAUGUUCACGUGACAGUACCACAAUAUAAACUACGUGGUGAAAUAGCAUUCUUACAAUGUGAUUACGAUUUGGAUGAAGAUAAACUUUAUUCGGUAAAAUGGUAUAAAGAUGAUGAAGAGUUAUAUCGUUAUAUGCCGCGCGCUGAUCCACCACAACAUAGUUAUACAAUUGAUGCUACACGUGUUGAUCACCAUACAUCGGAUAGUAAGAAACUUGUAUUACGUCCAGUCAGCUUGCGUUCCAGUGGUGUUUAUCGAUGUGAAGUAUCUGCUGAAGCACCAUCAUUCGCUUCGGCACAAUCUGAAGCUAGAAUGCAAGUCGUCUAUUUGCCUAAAGAUGAUCCAAUGAUAAGUGGCGAACAGCUUCAAUAUCAAAUUGGUGAUGAAAUGAGCUUAAAUUGUACGUCUGGUAAAUCUUAUCCAGCUUCUGUUUUGCAUUGGUAUAUUAACGAUCAAAAGGUGGAAAGCCCUCUUCAAUUGGUGAAGUAUCCACCACAAGUACAUCCACAUGGAUUGAUGACUUCAUGGUUAGGUCUACAUUUUAUUGUGGGUGCUCAUCAUUUUAUGGAUGGUUCCAUGAAAGUACGAUGCAUUGCUGUAGUGUCACCUGUAUUAUGGCAAGGUGAUCGUGAAAGUGUCGUUCAACGUAUGACACCUGCACUCAUAGACAAUCGUGAAGCCUUACUGUUAGUUAAAGCAUCAAGUGAAAAACGACAUGCGAAUAUCAAGCUGGCUGUGCUCGCAGUUCUAUUUGCGGCAAAUUUAAUAUAGAAAAUUUGAGAAGAAAUUAAUUUAAGUAUACUGUAAAUAUGUCUCUAUAUUUUUUAGGUUAUAACAGUUUCUAUUUUUAAAAUUUAUUAUUUCUU